AUGUCGCUGUACCACGAGACGGCCGAGAUCCUCUCGGCCAGCCCUGACCACGGCGGCAGCCUCAAGAGUCGCGUCUUUCGCAAGAAGGGGCUCAAGUCGCCGACCGCGCAGGUGUACGCCCUGGCAUUCGAGACGUGCAAAUGGAGCGGCGUGCUUAAGGAGGUCAUCGAGGCGGCGGACUUGCUUCGCCAUGAGCGCAAGCUCACCCCAAUCUUAUCCCUACUGCUCGCCCACGACUUCCUGCUCGCCAAAGGCGGCAUCGCACUCCCGCAAUCACACGGCCUCAGACAGACCAUCGAGAGGCACAAGGCGCGCCUCACCUCGGAGCUCACGCGCGCGCGUCUGCGGCGUCGGAUGCCCUCUCUCGACGCCCUGCGCGCGGACGUCAACGCCAACGCGGACCCGGAGGGCAGACACCCCCGCUGGAUCCGGGUGAACCACCUCAAGAGCGACGUCGAGACGCAGCUGGAGACGACGUUCAAGGGCUUCGAGCGAGUGUUUUCCAUCGCGGACGUCACGGCGUCGAGCGCGAAAGCGGUCUUCAUCGACCCGCACGUCCCGAACCUGCUGGCCACCAGCCCCGGCACGGACGUCACCAAGUCGACGGCGUACCAGAACGGCGACGUCAUCCUGCAGGACAAGGCGUCGUGCUUCCCGGCGUACCUGCUGGACCCGCACCCGCAGGACGGCGACGUGAUCGACUCGUGCGCGGCGCCGGGGAACAAGACGACGCAUCUGGCGGCGGUGAUGAAGGGCCACCAGCUGGAGCAGGGGGCGGCGAAGCAGACCAUCUUCGCGUUCGAGAGGGACCCGAAGAGGGCGCAGACGCUGGAGAAGAUGGUCAGGAUCGCGGGGAGCAGAGGGACGACGAAGAUUGGGCUCGGGCAGGACUUUUUGGAGGUCGAUCCGCAGGCGGAAACGUACAAGGAUGUCGGCGCGCUGUUGCUGGACCCGAGUUGUUCGGGGAGCGGUAUCGUGGGCCGGGACUCGAUGCCCGAGUUGCAUUUGCCAGAGGUUUCGGGGCCGGGCGGCUCGAAGGGGAAGACAAAGGGCGCGAAGCCUGAUGUUAAGAAACGAAAACGGGAGGAGAAGGACGAGGCGAAGCAGGUGAUGGUGGACGACGACGGCAACGCGGUGGAGAUUCAGUCCGAGCAGGAGCUGCAGAAGAGGUUGAAUUCUCUCGCUGGGUUCCAGCUGACGUUGCUCCUGCACGCGAUGAGGUUCCCCUCCGCGAAGAAGAUCACGUACUCGACCUGCUCGAUCCACGCUGAAGAGAACGAGGGCGUGGUGAUGAAGGCCCUCGAGUCCAAGGUCGCUAAGGAGCGCGGAUGGAGGGUUCUGGUCAGAGAGAAGCAGGUCCGCGGGAUGAAGGAGUGGCCUGUUCGCGGGCUUCCCGAGGCGUGUGGUGGGGACAAAACGGCUGCGGAGGCCUGUAUACGGACGUACAAGGGCGAUGGGCACGGAGUGAUGGGUUUCUUUGUCGCUGCUUUUGAGAGGGAUGGGGACGUGGAUAUGGUGGAGGAGGACGGUCCUUACGUGAGAGAUGACGAGGGGAAGAUUAUUAGGGACUUGACGGGAAUGCCGGUGCUGAAGAGCACUGGUGAGCCGGUCUCGUUGGCCGAGGACGACGAUGAACCGGCUCAGGAAAAGGAGGAGGAACAGAGUCAGGAAGAGAGUGAGGAUGACAGCGACAGCUCCGAGGAUAGUGAAGAUGAGGAGGAAUGGGCUGGGUUUGACUAG